GCGCUAGCCAGUAACUACACACGGCGGUGCAGCGAGGGGCAAUAUUACCACAGAGAGACCAUGGGAAAGAAACAGAAAAGUAAAGGAGAUGAUGGUGCCAAAGACGACGGCAUCGACAUCGACGCCUUGGCCGCCGAAAUCGAGGGUGCCGGCGCAGCCAAGGACCAGAGCAAGGGCAAGAAGAAGAAGAAAGGCGGGAGGAAAGACGACUUUGAUGAGGAUGACAUCCUGAAAGAACUGGAGGAAUUAUCACUAGAGGCUCAUGGUGGAAAACAGAAAGAACCAGCCAAGAAUUCAGACUCUGUAGAGGACGCGGAGGCCGAACCGGCUCUGACGAAAGCUGAGAAGAAGAAGGCGAAGAAAGGUAAACGGGCCGUGGCUGAGGAUGACGAGGGUGAGGAGGAUCAGGGUAAGGACGACGUGGAGGACCAGAGCCGGGCGAAGGGCAAGAAGGUGGAGCCGGCUCCCGCUGCUGUUCCUGCUGCUUCGGACUCUGACGACGAGGGAUCGCGCGUCGGCCGGAAAGCCAAGGGCGGCAAGAAGGGCGGGAGGCGGAGCGCCUCGGACUCGGAGGGCGACGACGAUGAGGAUGGAGGUACGAAGAAGGGCGAGGGGGGAGGCGGGGACGACGAGCCGUCGGACGACGACCUCCCGGCCGGCCACAGGCAGCGGCAGAAAAAGAAGAGCGGGGCGAAGGCGCGGGCCGACAGCGACGGCGAGGAGGCUGCGGACGACGACGACGACGACGCCGGCACCUUCAAGAUGAAGACGGCGGCGCAGAAGAAGGCGGAGAAGAAGGAGCGCGAGAGGAAGAAGAAGGAAGAGGAGCGGGCCAAGAUGAGGGCCAAGAAGGAGAAAGCCGAGGAGGGGACGGCCAAGAAAGAGGCGCCCAAGGCCGCAGCGCCGCCCGCCGAGCCCGGGAAGGCAGAGGUGGCCGCGACCGAAGAGCAGGAGGCGGGUGACGCCCAAGGAGAUGAAGAGGCCGACAGAGACAAGAAGAAGAAGGAGAAGAAGAAGAAGGAGGAGAAGGAGAAGAAGAAAGGCGAGAAGGAGGAGAAGGAGAAGAAGAAAGGCGAGAAGGAGGAGAAGGAGAAGAAGAAAGGGCCGGGCAAAGCGGCGGUGAAGGCCAUGCAGGAGGCCCUGGCUCGCAUGCGUGAGGAAGAGGAGCGUGCCAAGCGCGAAGAAGAGGAGCGGGAGCGACGCCUGGCUGAGCUGGAGGCGCAGAGGCUGGAGCAGGAACGGCUGGAGGCUGAGCGGAAGGAGAAGAAGAAGCAGAAGGACAAGGAGAGGAAGGAGCGACUGAAGAAGGAGGGCAAGCUGCUCACCAAGGCCCAGAAGGAGGCGCGGGCCAGAGCAGAGGCCACGCUCCGAGCCCUGCAGGCUCAAGGUGUUGAAGUGCCAUCCAAAGACUCCAUGCCAAAGAAGAAGCCCGUUUACUCGGACAAGAGAAAAAGGAAGCCGACAACCCAAACUCCGGAGGACACCUCAGAAGUGACAUCACCCACACCCGAGGUAGCGGAACCAAUCACAGCGGAGCUGGAAGUGGACACGCACAGGGAGGAGUCAGUGGUGGAGCCAAAACCCGAGACUGCAGAUCUAGAUGACUGGGAGGCCAUGGCCAGCGAUGAGGACCGGGAGGUGAAGAAGGUCCACAUCGAGGUGAAGGCCUUGCAGACAGUCCACAAACCCUCCGCCCCUGCCGCGCAGCAGAACGGCAGCGAGGAGGACGAGGAGGACGAGGAGGAUGAGGAGGACGAGGAGGAUGAGGAGGACGAGGAGGACGAGGACGAGGACGACGAGGAGGAGAACGAGGAAGAGGAGAAGGAGGGCCAGACGACCAAGACAACGAGUGGGAGGGACGCAAGCUCAGAGUCGAGCAGCGAGAGUGACUCGGAUGACGAGCGCAGCAAGGAGGAGAGGCUUUAUGAAAAGGCCAAGAGACGCAUAGAGAAACGGAGACGGGAGAACCUGAAGAACAUUAAUGUGGACAAACUAAGAGCACCUGUGGUGUGUGUGCUGGGACACGUGGACACAGGGAAGACCAAGAUCCUCGACAAGCUGCGACACACGCACGUGCAGGACGGCGAGGCUGGCGGGAUCACCCAGCAGAUCGGCGCCACCAACGUUCCCUUGGAAACCGUCAUCGAGCAAACCAAGAUGGUGAAAAACUUUGACAGGGAGAACAUAAAGAUUCCCGGAAUGCUGAUUAUUGACACACCGGGCCACGAGUCUUUCAGCAACCUGAGGAACAGGGGGAGCUCGCUGUGCGACAUCGCCGUCCUGGUGGUGGACAUCAUGCACGGCCUGGAGCCUCAGACCCUCGAGUCCAUCAACCUGCUGAAGGAGAAGAAGUGCCCCUUCAUCGUAGCCCUCAAUAAGAUCGAUCGUCUCUACGACUGGAAAAGGAGUCCUGACACAGACGUGGUGGCCACUCUGAAGAAGCAGAAAAAGAACACUAAGGAUGAGUUUGACGAGCGGGCCAAGGCCGUGAUCGUGGAGUUCGCCCAGCAGGGUCUGAAUGCUGCUCUGUUCUAUGAGAACAAGGACCCCCGAACCUUUGUGUCCCUGGUGCCCACUUCGGCCCACUCGGGCGACGGCAUGGGCAACCUGAUCGCCCUGCUGGUGGACCUCACUCAGACCAUGCUGGCCCGCCGGCUGGCGCACUGUGAUGAGCUCCGUGCUCAAGUCAUGGAGGUCAAAGCUCUGCCCGGAAUGGGCACCACAAUAGACGUGAUCCUGAUCAACGGGUGUCUACGGGAAGGCGAGACCAUCAUCGUGCCGGGCGUGGAGGGGCCUAUCGUCACCCAGAUCCGCGGCCUGCUUCUGCCGCCGCCUCUCAAGGAGCUGCGCGUCAAGAAUCAGUACGAGAAACAUAAGGAGGUGUGCACGUCCCAGGGGGUGAAGAUCCUGGGGAAGGACCUGGAGAAGACACUGGCAGGCCUGCCGCUGCUGGUGGCCCACAAAGAGGAUGAGAUCCCCGUGCUGAAGGACGAGCUGGUCCGUGAGCUGAAGCAGACUCUGAACGCCGUCAAGCUGGAGGAGAAGGGCGUGUACGUGCAGGCCUCCACGCUGGGCUCCCUGGAAGCCCUGCUGGAGUUCUUACGCACGUCCAAAGUGCCCUAUGCCGGCAUCAACAUCGGUCCUGUGCAUAAGAAAGACGUCAUGAAGGCGUCUACGAUGCUGGAGCACGACCCACAGUACGCGGUGAUCCUGGCGUUCGACGUGAAGGUGGAGAGGGACUCCCAGGAGAUGGCCGACAGCCUGGGGGUCCGCAUCUUCAAUGCCGAGAUCAUCUACCACCUGUUCGACGCCUUCACCAAGUACAGAGAGGACUAUAAGAAACAGAAGCAGGACGAGUUCAAGCAUAUAGCAGUGUUUCCCUGUAAGCUGAGGAUCCUCCCUCAGUUCAUCUUCAACUCCAGAGACCCCAUCGUCAUGGGCGUGUCUGUGGAGGCGGGAGUGCUGAAGACAGGCACCCCACUGUGUGUGCCCAGCAAAAUGUUUGUAGACAUUGGCAUUGUGACCAGCAUCGAGGUGAACCACAAGUCAGUGGACACAGCCAAGAAAGGCCAGGAGAUCUGUGUGAAGAUCGAGCCCAUUCCCGGGGAGUCGCCCAAGAUGUACGGCCGACACUUUGAGGCGACGGACAUAAUCGUUAGCAAGAUCACCCGUCAGUCCAUUGACGCUCUGAAGAACUGGUUCCGGGACGAGAUGCAGAAGAGUGAUUGGCAGCUCAUCGUGGAGUUGAAGACGACGUUUGAAAUCAUCUGAGCGCACACAGUGACAGUUGAACUGACCUACAACCUGAGAUGACCACUCAUGAACACAAAAGCAGACACACACACACACAUACACUCACACCAUGCUUUGCACACUCCCAAGUUUAUCUGUGAUCAAGAAGUCAUAAGUGUUGCUAAUAGUUUCUUGCAGUAUAAACACACACACACACACACACACACACACACACACACACACACACGGGGGCUACGUAUGGGUUUGUGCUCAUGCUCCUCCCCUCUGGAGGGGUGCACAUGCUCCUCCCCCUUUCCUAUCUCCCUGUGAGUGGUGGAGAGCACAACAACAACAACCACAACAAAGAAAGAAAUAUGGAAAAAAUGUUUUUCUGUGAGAAAAUGAACCUUAUUACCACUGUUUUUAACAGUGACCUGUUGGACAACAACAAAAGUUAGAGAAACAUUUCCGCACUAUUCCAAACGUGCCUGAUGUUUUUGAUCAGUCAGUUUAGUUUCCCUUCAUAUCACAUGCAGACAGCAAUUAAUAAAGGUUAAUAGGGAUCAGUUAGCGUGGCCUCAUUUGAAUAAUGCUAAUUGGUUCUUGUUGACCCUACUGAAUUCUUACCAGUGUUUUCAUGCGGUUUAGUGCUAGCCUGGUCAGUGCGUAAACCACACUGUCGAUCUUUCUCCACUGAAUCUUCUCUGGAGAGAGUGGACUGGAAUAAACGUGUCCAGAAAAUGAACCAGCCAACCGCGUACGGGCGUGGGAGAAAAACGAAGACAACUGGACCUUUCUCUCUCUUCGGGCUUUGCUGAAGCUGAAAUGGAAAUUGAAGAGGAUCGGACAAGGCUUGGGGGGUGGGCUCACCUUGUCCAUGUUCUUGUCCAUUCUCUCCUCUUCCCCUGACCACUUGCCCCUGGAACGCAGGUCUUUUAUGCUCGUGUUUUGAGGUAGGCCAUUUUAACCCUUUGCCGCUAUACCCUUGUAUCUGCCUUGCGCCCGUUACCUGUGAGAGUAAGAGCUUGAGCUAGGUAGAAGGUAUCCCUUGCCUUGGGUGCAAUUUGUAAGGGGGGGAUUUAAAGAUUUAAAUCGGCAACACUAGAGACAGCAUAUUUAUAGAAACCGUAUUUCGCGUGCUUUCUACCAAAGUGGCAUGUUGGAUUUGUGUAGAAGAUACUCCAGCACGAAGCACCUCACCGAGUGAUGCGUUUUGAUAGUUGUAUUUCAGAGCGGUAUUUGUUAGGUUGGUGAGUUCUGGCAAAUGUGAAGGAUGGCCGUGGGACUCCCCUUGUCAGGAAAGCACUAAUAUGAAAAUCCUAUUUUAAGGAGAAAUUUAAUGGUCUCUGUGCUGUACUCUGAACAAGAUUACCUGAGGAAAUAAAGAUGUCACUUAUUAGCAACAUGAAAAUA